UCUUCAAUUCAACUUCCACGUUUAUUUCUCAAACCUGUUCACCAAUAUGUACUCUACUCGUAUGCAUGGUCAAUUCUUGAUUUAAAUAAGGUUUAAUUUGUUCCCCAUAUAUAGAUGCUCUCACUCUCUCUAUAUAUACAGCUCUUAAAGCUUUAACCACAACAACAUUUUCAUAUAUACAUAUGUAUCAAGAAAUUAAUCUUCCAGUGCAGUGCCUGAUUUAAUCCCAAAUUGCAUGCAGUUCAAUUCUCUAGUAGAAGAGAUGAAGAAGUAUGAUGGGGAGAGCCCAAAACUUGAGUUGAAACUGAACUUGUCCCCUCCAGGGGAACACCGACAAGUGGUGUCCCCGAGAGGGGCAGAGAUAUCGCCCCGGAGCUCGUGUGUGUCGCGGGAGACGAGCCCCGAAGCGAUGUCGAUGAUGUUGGUGGGAUGCCCUCGUUGCCUAAUGUAUGUUAUGCUGUUUCAGGACCAUCUCAAGUGCCCCAAGUUCUCGUCUUUGCUUGAUGUAUGAGAUAUAGAAAAGAGUCCGCAAGGGCAGGGCAGUUGGUUCCAGAGGGGCAGAUUUGUACGAAUGACCAAUGAUCAAAUCUCACUACUGUCGUGUAGUUGCAACACCUCUCAGGCACAAGUGCUCAGCCUUGGGAGGUGGGCUUCUGGCAAGCAGUGGGUUAGACCCUCUCCCUUAGCGGGUCACUGCGUACCUUGAUUUAACACCCCUCACAAAUACUGGAUGUGAGGGCCCUUAGGGUUGGAGUUUCAACCUUUUUGUAUGAAUGAGAUAUGGAAAAGAGGAAUGAAUUGAAUAUGGGGUGGUUUUGUAAUUUCACUACUUCAGUUGUGUCUAUGCUUCUAAUUCUUUAUCAUGCUAUGCUAGCAAACUCUAUAUGUAUUGUUAUCGAAGAAAAGAAACCGAAAAAGUGUAGAGAAAGAGAAAAAAAGGAUUUUUGAUUGACUAAA